UCGUGCCAGAAACAUCCGUCAGAGCCGCGGAGCUCUGUGGCCUGCUGGAGUCUCGAACUGUACGCGGCCUGCACACUCAGCCAGUUAGCUCCAGCUUAGGCGACACGGACACCGGCUGCGUAACCGUAACCAGCCCCAGGCCCCGUCGAUCGCGUCUAACACGGUGUGCAGCAGCCGUCCCGAAGAUCGGCUCUCCCGAUGGAGAGCUGGUUGCCAGUGAUUGUGUACCGGAGUGCCGUGUAUUCGAAGUGGUGAACACACUCUGCGCCUCGCCUCUGAUGGUUCGGGGAGAUCGCGGACUCGGGUGAUCCUCUCGGGGGGCGACGUUCGCCGGUAAUCGACUGUCGCAGGAUGUGUGCUCGCGGUGCAGGGAACUGAGUGUCGCGCGAGCGAUCGGAUCCGGUGUGUUCGUUCCCGGACAUGUUACGCGUCGAUUAGAUCGCGUUCUCGAUCGAUCGGACAGCUCCCGCCAGACGUCGCGAGUGCCAGUUGGCCGAGUAAACGGCGAACGGAAAGGAAAUAUCGGCAGUGGAUCGAAAGUGUUUCUAGCCGUUCGAGCGACACCCGAAGCGGGUGGUAGCAGGGAUGCGGCGGACCUGACUCCGCGUAGCCCGCUCGUGAUCCUGCCGACCCACCGAAGCGCGUCUAUCCGCCAAGCGUACGAUAAUCGUACGAUGAUGCCGCUCGCGCCGACGCCAAUCGUACCGGUGCCCUCGAAGCCGAAGAUCGGCUUCAGCAUCGACUCAAUCGUGGGCGGCGGAGGCCAGGGCGGUCGGGAGGACAGAUUGGACCGCCUGGAGCGGGUCGAGAUCGAGAGGGAUGGCAGCCCGAUGGACGUCGAGGGCUCCUCGUCGCCGCGGAGUCGUCGGGUCACCGCCAGAUCGCCCGGCGCCCAUUCCGAGGGCUCCGACAGGCCCGUGUCACGGAGCUCCUCCAUAGAGUCGUACCCGAACUCGCGGAGGACGCCCUCCCACAGUCUGCAUCACCAUCACGGCAACCACCACGGCCAUCACCAUCACCUGACCGCCGCCACGCACCUGGACUUCAGCAGGACGACGGUGCACAGCCACAGCGGCGGCUCCACGCCCAACAACAGCCCCAGUCCGCCCCACAGGAUAUCGCACGGCGACUCCCCCGUCGGCGCGCACCCUCAGCCGCCCCCGGGGGUCGUCCGACCUAGUCCCAACUAUCUCGCGCCGCCGCCGGGCGCGGCGACCGCGGCCGCCGUAGCCGCGGAACAGCUGAAAUCGCUGUACGGCCUACCCGGACACGGCCCAUCGGGCCCGCAGACCGGCCAGAACGAGUAUCACACGCAACAAUUGGCGCUGGCGGCCAAUCUGGCCGCGGCCCAGCACUUCCAAGCGGCGAACCUCGCGGUCGCGCUACAGGCCCACCAUGGCGCGUCGCCCCAUGGACCGCCGCACGGGCCCUACCCCCAUGGCGGCGCGCCCGGCGGACCCCAUCCGCCGCCGCAUCCUCAUCAACCGCCCAGAGAUAGUUACCCGCUCUACCCCUGGCUGCUCUCCAGGCACGGGCGCAUCUUUCCGCACCGGUUUCCUGGAG